AUGUCGGAGUCGGAGUCGGAAUCGAAGUUGAACUUUGGGGACAAAGUUAUAGUGUGUGACAAUGGAACUGGAAUGGUCAAGGCAGGACUGGCUGGAGAUGAUGCUCCAUUGGCUAUAUUUCCAAGUAUUGUGGGUCGUCCUAGGCACAAGAGUGUGAUGAUGAUGAAUGAGAAACAAGUUUAUGUGGGAGCCGAAGCUCAAGCCAAGAGAGGUAUACUUUCUCUUAAAUACCCAAUCGAGCAUGGUAUUGUUAACAAUUGGGAGGACAUGGAGCUGAUUUGGAAUCACACUUUCUGCAACGAGCUGCGUAUGGAUCCUGCUGAAUAUCCUGUGCUUCUCACUGAAGCUCCUCUAAACCCAAAGGCCAAUCGCGAGAAGAUGACUCAGAUCAUGUUUGAGAGCUUCGCUACCCCUUCUAUGUACGUUGCUAUUCAGGCCGUUCUCUCUCUCUAUGCUAGUGGUCGUACCACAGGCAUAGUGUUGGAUUCAGGAGAUGGUGUGAGCCACACAGUUCCAAUCUACGAAGGUUACGCACUCCCACACGCGAUCUUGCGUCUAAACCUAGCAGGCCGUGACCUAACCGACUACCUCAUGAAAAUAAUGACGGAACGUGGCUACACAUACACCACAUCAGCCGAACGUGAGAUCAUCAGAGACAUCAAAGAGAAACUUUGUUACGUAGCUCUGGACUACGAGCAAGAGCUGGAGAAGGCUAGUGGGAGCUCGGCAAUCGAUAAAUCCUACGAGCUUCCCGAUGGUCAAGUGGUGACGAUAGGAGACGAGAGAUUUAGGUGCCCUGAGGUUCUUUUCCAACCAUCUAUGGUCGGAAUGGAAACUUGUGGUAUACACGAGACGCUUUACAAUUCGAUCAUGAAGUGUGAUGUUGAUAUAAAGAAGGCCUUGUAUGGAAACAUAGUGUUGAGUGGUGGCACGACCAUGUUCAAAGGGAUUGGUGACAGGAUGAACAAAGAGAUCACUGCGCUUGCACCGGCUAGUAUGAAGAUUAAAGUUGCGGUUCCUGCCGAGAGGAGGUAUAGUGUUUGGGUGGGAGGCUCCAUUUUGUCUUCUUUAAGUACCUUUCAACAGAUGUGGAUAACUAAGGCUGAUUAUGACGAACAUGGACCGGCGAUUGUUCACAAGAAAUGCUUCUAA